UGGCGUUGUCUGACACACAGUCGCGCGAGCAGAAUAAGUUAUUGAUUUGCCACAGAGCUGGCCGGAGGAGUCGCCGUUCUACGUUGGAGGAGUGAGAAGAGAAAAAAAACGGGGAAGAUAGUCAUUUAUGAUUUGUGAUAGUUAAAAUGAAUUAGCAGUAACCGAGGGCAGUUUCAUCGCGAGAUAUAGCCAAGAGUGUUGUGUGUAUAUAGGCGAGCGCGCGAGUGCAAUAAUUUUUAGGAUACUCGAAAGUCAAGCAAAGGUAUUUUUCAGUGGCUCGGGGCGGGUACGAAUCGAGAGUAUCUUUUUUGCCCUUCGACGGCCACAGCGCGUUUGUCAGAUCACAUCGAUAGGAAGUUCGCCCAGUGGAUGAAACACCAGGCAGGCGAGGUCGAGCGUUUUGUGUUUGUGAUUUGUUGCCCCUUUCAUCGCCUUGGAAUUCGAAGCAUCAGUAAUUCCACAAUAGCCCCGCUGCAAAACUGGCCGAGGAGAAAGCAGCUUCGAGACGGUGGCAGUCGAUUACACGGACAAACAUCGCCUCCCGAUUGCCCAAUUCGGCGGUCCGAUAAGAGAGAUAAGUCCGGGCCUUCCUGUUAGGUGGUGGUGAUGAUGAUUUUUGUGUGAUUUGUCAUAAUAAAUCACUAGCGCUCUGCAAUCUUUGGAGAAAACACGAAACAUUGCCAGAGAGCGGAAAAAUAGUGCCAAUAUUUAGUUGGAUGUGUUGAAUGGAAUCAAGUAAGCAAGGGAAAUGUAAUUAUCCUACAUGUGUAUUACAUCGGAAGAAAUUUGACCGAAGAAAAUCGAUCCUUGUCGUGUCGGGCAAGAAAAAGUGAGCCCACUGGAGUUUCCGGUGGAAUGCAAGUGUCUAUUUUCGGGCACUAGUUCAACCUGCUGAAGAAGUGAAUCGAAGAAAAGUAGGAAAAAAAUCAAAUAGAAAUAGUAUUAGUUUUUGCGCUGUGAGAAGAAAGUGUGAAAGAAACCAGCAUUGGCUGAAAAAAAAAAUAGUGUAGUUUCACUUCCCUCCGUGUAAAGGAAGGAACACAAGAAAGCAAAAAAUUCGGGCGACACUGAUAGAGACGAAGGCUGGAACUAGAGCCAGAACGUCGUCGUCUUCAUCGCCGUCGGUUUGAAGCUAGAAGCAGCACCGAAAGGACUAGUAGAGUGGAGGAGCUUAGCCAGAGUUGCAGCGGAAGAUGGCCUCCGGGGAUACGGCAGCCAUCGACUCGAUUGAUGUGGAAUCGGCGCUAUCCACCAAGAACUCCGAGUACACCACCAGCAGCAGCAACUACAACAGGGAUCAGAUAGUGGAACAGGAUGAAUAUGGAAAAUUCAUCAAGGACAGCUCCGGCAAACAAAUCCUACCGGAUGGUAUGUCGGCAGAACUGGGGCCGCGGCCCCACCGGCCGAAGUCGGACAAGGAGCGCAAGAUUGGCCAUCGGCGGGUGGGCGAAGGUGGCGAGAUUACCUACAAGAAGAUCCAGACCACCCAGAUUAUGGGCUCGAUCCAGCUGGGGAUUCAGCACACGGUCGGCAGCUUGGCCUCGAAACCCCGACGAGAUCUGCUGAUGAUGGACUUCUGGGAGCUGGAGACGAUAUCGUUUCCGCCGGAGGGAUCCAGUAUGACGCCGGCGCAUCACUUUAGCGAGUUUAAGUUCAAAAUCUAUGCUCCAAUAGCUUUUAGGUACUUUCGGGAUCUGUUCGGCAUCCAGCCAGAUGAUUUCAUGAUGUCAAUGUGUUCAGCUCCACUGCGAGAGCUCUCGAAUCCGGGCGCGUCAGGUUCGAUAUUUUAUUUAACCGACGACGAUGAGUUCAUCAUUAAGACUGUGCAGCAUAAGGAGGGAGAAUUUUUACAAAAACUGUUACCAGGAUAUUAUAUGAAUCUGAAUCAGAACCCCCGUACGCUAUUACCCAAAUUCUUCGGGUUGUACUGCUACCAGUGCAAUAGUAAAAAUGUCCGACUGGUGGCCAUGAACAAUCUGCUGCCCUCGUACGUGAAGAUGCAUUUGAAAUACGAUCUGAAAGGAUCAACAUACAAACGAAAGGCCAACAAAGCGGAACGAGCCAAAUCUUCGCCCACCUACAAGGAUCUGGACUUCAUCGAGCACCAUCCGAACGGCAUAUUCCUCGAGGCGGACACCUGCAACGCACUGAUCAAGACGAUCCAGCGGGACUGUCGGGUACUGGAGUCGUUCAAAAUCAUGGACUACUCACUGCUGGUUGGGAUCCACAAUCUGGAUCUGGCUCUGAAGGAGAAGCAAGAAGCAGCGGCCAAAGCGAAGUCCGAGGGCGAGUCUGACUACGAAGAUGCACCGGAGGCGGAUCAGUAUAUGGUACAGGAGCGGGAAGAACAGCGGACGACGGCUCUCAACAGGAGUAGGAACACUAGCUACGGAAGAAUGCUAAUUAGGUCAAUCAACCGGCAGCGGCUUGUUGCUCAUUCGACUGCAAUGGAAAGUAUUCAGGCUGAGAGCGAACCGAUCGAUGAGGAGGAUGACGUACCACCGGGUGGUAUUCCUGCGCGUAGCGAGAAAGGUGAACGACUGCUGCUGUUCAUCGGAAUCAUCGAUAUCCUGCAGUCCUACAGGUUACGGAAAAAGCUGGAACACACCUUCAAGAGUAUUAUACAUGAUGGUGAUACCGUAUCGGUACACCGGCCCUCCUUCUAUGCACAACGCUUCCAGGACUUUAUGGCCAAAACAGUUUUCAAAAAAAUUCCAUCCCUGGAUCUUCCCGAGAUCAAAGGCAAUCAUAGAAAAUUUCGCACCUUGGUCACCAGCUACAUAGCGCUAAAACACUCACCGUCGAAGAGAAAAAGCCUCUCGAAAGCAGCACAGAGAACUAGAAACGAUGAAACCGAUAGUCAACCUGUUGCGGGCAGUUCACACCAACACCACCAUCACCACCAUCAGCAUCAACAGCAACAGUUCCAUCCAACACAGACGCAUUUCAACCAGCACACGACGGGUACAUCCAAGCCUGACGUGGACGACUCGUCCAAUGUGCAUACGAUAGGCGCGCUGACCACCACUUCGAGCAGCAGUGGUGGGGUUAAUGCCGCCGCACUGGCGGGACCGAGCGCCGGAACGACCGGUAAGGGUGGGAAGGUGACCAGCGGCACCGGUAGCGCCAUAACCCCCACGAUGCCACCGUUGAAAAAGAAGACUUCCAUCGUUAAGGCAAGUGUUCCGCCACCCGUUCCACCCCGGGGUUCACCCAAAAUGAGCAAAGCCGGUAUGAAGGGUGGAGCAGGGUCGGGUUCGCUUCCCAACCAAUCAUCCAGCCAUCGGGGACGGUCUAGUGCAGCCGCUUCUCCUCGUAUCGCGCUAGGCACAUCUCCUUCCUGUUCUUCCACCCCUCCUCCCGCUUUCGACGAUAUCUCCGAGCACGGUAGCAGUAGUCAUCGGCACUCGUCGGACGAUAAAACGGUCAGCGGUGGCGGAGGUGGCGGCAGUGGCCGCAAUGGAGGACUCGGCGGAGGCGAUGGCGGUGGAACAGUCGAUCGGCGGAGCACUUCGUGCCGGAGUGAUAACUACAAGGAAGACUCGAUAAGUAUAUCAGAAAUAAGAUUAGAAAGUCAUUUAGCAGUCGAAUCGUCAUCCAAUAGCAAUUACGGAUCUAGAGGUGCAUUAGCGUGGACACCACCAGCCUCAGUUGAGGGCUCCACACCGACCUGGACUGAAGGUACACCUAGCUUUACGGACUCCAGCUCCAGCGGUGAUAUGGGAACAUUCUCAGGCCAUUCAUCUCCACUGCAUAUCACCCUCUCGGACCGGGAUCGUCACAAGCCAACGGUCGAGAAGGCCCUCAACUCGCUAACGUCCGAAAUGGCUGAUGCCGCGGAGGAGUCUGAACCUGCUGAGUAUAACGGUAACGGUAACGGUACGGUGGGAUGCAUUGCGUUCUCCACCGGAAGCUUCCGGUCAGCCUUGAGGAGACUGUUCUAACUGGAAGUGAUUGAAGAUUGUUUCAGUAGAAGAUUGGGCAGUGUAGCGGCUCCAGUGGAGGGGAGUGAUUCAAACGCGACCGAGCAGGGCGAUCGGAAGUGACGCGAUCGAGCGAACGCCGCGAAUGCCUGUGAGUAGUGAUUAAGUGUGUGCUUUUUUAUCGGUGUUUUCGCGACUUCUUUACCACUCCAUGGCUCAUCCGUGAAACCGGAACAGGGGAACAAUAUUGUAUUAUAGUUCAUUGGCCGCAAAUCCCCACUUUCCCUUGAUAAGUGACAAUCAGUUUUGUUUUUUGUUGUUUUCGUGCUACGCGAAUAGUUACUUUUUUUUCGCGGCGAUCAAUUAACUCAGAAGAACCAAAAAUGACCCAUGCAUAGAGAGACCACAACGGGAUAGAGGUAGAAGAAAUGUGUCAAAAUGGCAGACAGGGUUUAAACGAAUAUACUUACUCUAUAUUCUCAACGGCGUCAUAGACUGGUGUACAGAUUUGUGCAAGGAGCUGUGCGGGCAAGAGAAUUUGUCGACUGUCGUACGAUGAGAAAGGCCUACGUAUGAUAUUGCAUGAGGUGCACGAUUGUAAAAAUAUGGACUGACAUAGAGUGGAUGGUGUGAUGAAGGUAGAGUUGUAAACGGUCGACAUUUUUGGUGACCAUCACAUAUUGUUGUUGCGGUGAAAAUGUGCUACUUUCAUUCUACCAUUCGUGGUCAUAACUAUCCUUUAAUUCCGGAUAAUUUGACUGUAGUUUUAAAGUAAUUUGACUGCUAAUGAUAUGUAUUCUUUUUCUCUCAUACAUCUACCUCCUCGUACAUCCAUACACGAUGGAUGGUACUUACACGGAUUGCUCACAUCAAAGCAAUAGUCAAACCUUACCCUAUCAAUGCCGAAUGUGUUGAAUGAACGUUUUAAACGGUGAGCAUUCCCCGUGAACACUGUUGUUUAAUUACAGAACAAUGAACAUCUAAUGAAUGAAAUGAAAAAAAAGUCGAGAUGUCAAAUGACAAUUUUAGUUUGAUGGUCGUUUGAAUGUUCAUUUUAUGAUGUUCAUCAAUGACACAGAACAUACGUCUCCAUAACUGCCCAUGAUUGCAUAGGUGACGUAAUCGACAACAGCAUUAGUGUUGGGAAAACGCAUUUUUGUUGUUUUUUGGCCUACAAGCAUAACCAUGCAAAUUUCCGAUGAAAUAAUCUGUCCAGUUGAUGGAUAUUAUCGACAAAAAGAGGGCCUAGGUGAUUUUGCGGAUUAUAACAUUUUUUUUCCAUUUAGAAAACGCUAGCGUCUAUUUAUGUGGAUAAUCAAUCGUUUCAAUGAACAUUUGUCCGCAUAGCUAGACGUAAUCACCAGGUUGCUCUGUUUGUAGCAUUAGUAUUUACAAUCCCGAUAAUAGUCAAAACGUCUCUGUCGGUAGUUUCAGUUGUUAUCGAAUGAAAUCAAAAAGGUUUGGAAGAAAUUUAGUGAAAUGUCUGGAAAAGGUGCUCUUGAUUUGUUGCGAGUCUAUGAUAGUAUAUUUUCCCGAAGAAUACUCUGGGAUAUGAUAAGAACAGCAGGCUCGUGUUGUUUCAAUUAAUUGAAUUUGUAAAGGCAAUCUGCAAUGUUGAUAAUUUUAGCAACAUGAUUCACCGAUAUCACGAUCAAUCGUAUAAAGAUGAUGGAGUGACUUACUCCAAGGGUAAAGGUAAAUGCUGAGUAUGUGGAAUAAUUCAAUGUUGAAUCCGAGGAGUUAUAAUGCUAAGAACCAAUAUUAUUUUAAUUUUACUACUGAUGUGAUUGUUUCAUUAUCUAUUUGAAGAUUCAAAUGCAGAAAUUUAGGUAAUUAUAACAUUAAAAACACAAUUGCUUCUCUUUGUUCAUCGUGUAUAGAAAAUAGUAAUUAUAUGAGCGGCGUUUCAAUGGUUUCUUAUAUUCAUCUAUUAGUAAUCAGUAAUAAGACACUAUCGUGACAGACAUGUUUGGAAUCUACAAAGAAUGUGAUUCAAAUGUAGAUAUAGCUUAUAGCUCAUAAUACUGACAAUUGAUGAUUUUAGAACGAUGUAUGAAAGUUGUAUGGAACUACGUCUGUUAUGCAGACAAACAGUGAUUUUUCAGAAACGUUUUUUCAAAAUUGCUCAAAUAUUUUCGAACAAAAAAUGUUUGUUUGCAUGUUGAGCAAACGUAUUACAUUAUGUAGAAUGCGAAACAGCGAAAAAUUCAUUUUAGAAGGGAAUUUGUUCAUUUUGUCGUUUAUGUCUCCUAUACAAACAUGGGCAGAUAAGUAGUCAUACGAUGGUGACCACUAGCAAAACUGGUUGUAGGUCAGAUUUGAAUGUUAAACUUUUGCUUUCAAAUUUCUCAAAUGUUAUCCCCUUCAGCUCGUGUGAUGGAAGAAUUGUUCACAUUAGUACACACUACGGAGGAUUUAUAUAAAAAUGACUGUAUUAUACUACGGUGAUAAAUUCCAGUUCCUCGUGCCAAGAACAUAACGUUUGCAUUAAAAAAUGAACUAAUUUCGGAUGAAGAUAAAAAAAAACUACAGAAGAUAAUCCAAAGGACCAAAUUCUCCCUAAAUCCUACGUUUAUUCAGGCUUCUACAAAAAUGCAUCGACGCCAUUAUAAGUUGAUUUGUAGCACCUUGAGCCGGAAGGUCUGAGCAACCGGGUGGCAAACUUUAGAAUUUUUUCGAGGGCCCUAUGCUUAACAUUAAACAAGCUCAGAGAGGAAGGAGAGUGUGUCUCCCUCUCCCUCUCCCUCUCCCUCUCCCUCUCCCUCUCCCUCUCCCUCUCCCUCUCCCUCUCCC